AUGGGCCAGACCUGCUGCGUAGCCGAGACGCCUCGCGACGAGGAUGCAUCAGCUGUACAGCCGAGCGCUACGGAUUAUCAAUCAGUCUUGCCUGACGGUGAUCCUCAGUCGACCUGCGUCACUGCCGAGGACGUUCCGAGACUUUUGGACGCCCCUCGCAGGGCCAUUGUGGCCACGGCCGCUGCAGCGGACCUGUGCAAUGGUAAGGAUCCUGCAGGACAAACUGGACCAAAGAAGAUGGUGAUGUUGCUGCAGGAAGCGGAGCACCUCGUUGAUGGAGGUCUGGAUGAGUGGCUUCGGGACUGGUGCACAGACGAGGUACUCCGCAUGUUCCUGGGUGCCUCCUCCAAGGAGUCGGCAGUGAAAUCUUUGGCGGCCGCUUUGAACUGGAGACGGCGAUACAAGGAUGUCCUGACUGGCCUGCGGAUCUUUAUGUCCAUGCACCAUCAGCCGUCAAAGUCGAACAGCAUCAGCACAGCUGAGCACCUGGCUGUGGUGCUGGAGGCCGCGGUCUGCUCAGCGAAAGGAACCCCGCGAAGCUUCGAUGUGGUUUGUGAUUGCCGUGGGUUCCAGCUUUCCAAAAAUCUAGAUCCUCGACCUGCAGUUUCGGCGAUGGAGAUGCUGAAGCAUGCGUACCGUGGACGGAUGCGUCGGGCAUUCUUGGUUGGAGCUCCAGCGGCGUUCGGUGGCUUUUGGAAGCUCUUGAAAGGGCUGCUGCCAAAGCCGACCCAGGACAAGAUCCAGUUCAUCGCCUUGAAAGAGGCUGGCGAUGUUCUCCAGGGCUCUUGCGGCCAUGCUGCUGCGCACGUGGUCACAACACUGCUGGCCUCCGACCAGGACUCAACGUCGUGGAGGUUUCCGAGCGAGCUUGCUGAUUGA